GAAACAGGACAAGGAGCUAGGAAAAGAAGACGUCCUGACUGGCACCGUUAGUGACUAUGAGAUCUUAAACCGAAGCGAGGAGGAAGCACAUUCCAACAACUCAGAAGAAACAGACCAGAAUUUUGUUCACUUGGACACCUCCAUACUAGAGCCCCAUCAGGAACCAACAAGAACUAAUGACAAGACCACUGAGCCCUCUUUAAACCAGAGAGGAAAAAAGAUCAGACAGAGUUAUGACACGGAUGUUUCACAGAAUGCCAGGACACCAAAUCCUCAACUGAGCCUGGCAAGAGAUCCAUGUGCCUCAGAAUUCAAAACAGUCACAAGUGACGCAACGGCCACAGAUAUAUCUACUGCUGUGGACCAGCGACGACCUGACAAAACUCACCUCAAGGAUAGUCCAAACAUGUUAGAAGGCUCUUGUCAAGGGGACUCAACAGAUGAUGGCGUGAGCAUUGAGACACAGACGCUGUCUCACAGACAGAAUGGGAUGUUAGACACAAAGGCAAUGACAAAGAUGAGUGGUGAUGUUGAAAUAAAGAGGAAAUUUUCUUUGGAAUCAGAGAAUGCUAAUUUACUUGAAAGACAGCCAUUCCAGGAAAUAGGAGUUUCAGAGGACAAAUAUAAACAUGAAAUGCAGAGCCUAAAUAGUGACAAAAUUAGGAGAAGUUGUGAAAAAGUUUGCAAAGAAAGUGCUGGAACUGUCCGACAUGAAGAAAGUCCUGAUGUGGACAGAUUUGAGUAUUUGGACAGAGUUGAUUCUUUAUGUCCAGAGACUGUGACUACAUGUCCGUCAAUCACUGGAGUCCACUCAAAUUCAAGUCGCCCGUGGCUUCAGAAUGCCAAUAAGCAGGAUAAUUUACAGGGAGAUAAAAAUAUCAAUAGAGGUUUGUCACAAUGUGUUUUUCAAGAACCUAAUGAUGCCUCACAGACACCAAAAGCAACGGCCAAAGAAGACUUCAGAAUAGACCAAAGAAACCCAACAUCCCGUACACCAUUGCUGGGAAAAGAAGAGACCGGAUGGGGUAGAACUGAAGGUAAGGACAAAAUCUUGCAUAUUCCCUUUGAUGAACCUUGUUUAUUAAGAUCUAGAGUGACAACAUUCGACUCUUUCGACUCUGUUACUGAACCCACAAAUCUAGACACAGCUCUAUUCCCAUUGAGGAUUGAGGAGGACUUCAAACAAAAGGUGUUAAGCCCAUUCCAUCCAGAUUUAAGCCAAAACAGUACUUUGUUUAACACUGAGAAGCAAAAUGAUGACAAAGGGGCAUUCACUGUCAUGGAAAAACACUCAACGGCCAUGUCAUCUGAGAGUUUAACUGCAUCCAGUGCUAAAAACGUCCCUGUUAGCAAUGCGCCUCACCCAGUCAAAAAGGGAGUGUGGGGAGCAGAAGCACCACGUGUGAAAAGAGACACUGAAUCUGCUUGGCGAAAAGCUGUUCGGUCGAAAUCCACAGAAAGCAGAAAAGACUAUGAUGGUCAUCUUAAUGGAAGACAUAAUACUUCUUCUUUACUUGAAUUAUCAGGUGAAAAUGGUCAAUUUCAGGUGCAUCAGGGCAAAAGAGUCUGUAACCCAAAGAUCUACAAACUGAAUGACAUAAACACAGAAACAAAGGCUAAAGAGAAUUUUUCCAGCGGUAAAUAUGUAGAUCAAAUGCUUGUAAACUCCUUUUCUCACUCAGAUUUUGAUGCCGGUGAUGCCGAAAGAGUCACACAGGUGGCUUCUUUGCAGCGGGAAAAAGAGCCUCUCUAUUUCACAGCUGUGAUCACACCACCACUUCAGAUUCAUACAUUUCCUGAUCAGGAGGCGAGGAAGUCAUCUUACGUCUCUCAUUUGUACGUUCCUCACGCUGAAAUACAGAGCAUGAUCUCUGACAUCCUACCCGCAGAUGCUCAGACAGAGAAAAAGGCCAAAAUCAAAGGACCACCACCACCUGUUCCGAAGAAACCAAAGAAUCCCCUUAAAAAAGCUGCUGGCCGCAAGGAAUCUGCUUCUCAUUCCACAGACGAGCCAAGCAAAUAUUCGGACCUAUUGCUCAGAAAUAUUAAAAUGGGCAGAAGGCAGGAGGCACUGGAGUCUGUAGAGGACUUUAAUAUGCAUCCAUCAUGUCUUGAUAUGUCACCUUAUUAUAUUGAGUCCCCAUUCUACAUGUGCAUGUCCUUAGAGCCUGAGGCUGCUGAUAUUCCAAGAUAUUAUUUAGCCCCAUAUGAUGAAAUUGUUGCACCUGACUGCGAUAAUUUGCUAGGAACUCUCGAUGAUGAAGAACUAAAAGAAAUGGAUAUGUCUCAGCUGAGACCACUGCUAAAAAAAAAAGCAAAAAUAAAGGGCCCACCACCACCUGUGCCGAAGAAGCCUCAAAAUCCAUUUGCUAAAACAGACACAGAGAAGAGCCAAGCAAGCAAAGACUCUGAUUUGGAAAACGUGGCUCAGCCUUUGGAAUAUGGUAGAUGUGACUCUGAAAGCUACAUGAUGGACAUUGAGGAUGAAGAAGACCCUGAAACCACCGCUGUCCCAAUUAGAUAUCCUUACACCGCCUGUCGAAUUCCAAGCAGUGAUUCUUCUGCUUCAGAGGAAAACGAACUGUCCAGAUACAAACCUGUCUCUGAACUCAUCAGAGACAGCAACAAAAUCCAGGAGAAAGUGAUACAUCACAGCAAGACAAACAUAAUGGAAGCCAGGCCAGCUGUGACUGUGGGAAGCCAGAGUCUAAAAGUGUCGCAGAUGAAGAGAGCCUUUGAUGUACAAACAUCUUCCCAUAAAACGGAAAGAAGAUCCUCGCCGAAGAAAGAAAUGAUCAGACGAGUGGUACGACAGAGUAAAUUCCGUCAUGUGUUCGGUCAGGCGGUGAAGAAUGACCAGUGCUAUGAUGACAUUAGGGUUUCGCGGGUUACCUGGGACAGUGCCUUUUGUGCAGUAAACCCCAAAUUUGUUGCUAUUAUUGUUGAGGCUAGUGGUGGUGGAGCUUUCCUCGUUUUGCCUCUGCAAAAGACAGGUCGUAUUGACAAGGCCUACCCCACUGUUUGUGGUCACACGGGCCCUGUGCUGGACAUUGACUGGUGCCCGCACAAUGAUCACGUCAUUGCCAGCGGCUCUGAAGAUUGUACAGUAAUGGUGUGGCAGAUCCCUGAGAACGGCCUCACCGCACCUCUUUCUGAGCCAGUCGUGGUGUUAGAGGGUCACUCCAAGAGGGUGGGCAUCGUGACGUGGCAUCCAACAGCCCGCAACGUUCUACUAAGUGCAGGAUGCGAUAAUCUCAUCGUCAUUUGGAACGUGGGCACAGGAGAAGCUCUGAUCAACCUGGAGGACAUGCAUCCUGACGUGAUCUUCAGCGUCUGCUGGAGUCGCAACGGCAGCCUUAUUUGUACAGCGUGCAAGGAUAAGAAAGUGCGUGUUAUCGACCCACGCAAGGGGAAGAUCAUUGCGGAGAAGGAUAAGGCCCAUGAGGGGGCACGGCCCAUGAGAGCCAUAUUUCUGGCUGAUGGAAACAUCUUCACCACUGGCUUCAGUCGUAUGAGUGAGCGGCAGCUGGCUUUAUGGAAUCCAAAAAACAUGGAGGAGCCGAUAUCAGUGCACGAAAUGGACACCAGCAAUGGAGUGUUGCUUCCCUUCUAUGACCCUGACACUAAUGUGGUCUACCUGUGUGGAAAGGGUGACAGCAGUAUCCGUUACUUCGAGAUCACAGACGAGGCGCCGUAUGUGCACUACCUCAACACGUUUUCCAGCAAGGAGCCCCAGAGAGGCAUGGGCUACAUGCCUAAAAGAGGCCUAGACGUCAACAAGUGCGAGAUAGCCAGGUUUUAUAAACUUCAUGAGAGAAAGUGUGAGCCAAUUAUCAUGACCGUUCCUAGAAAGUCAGACCUCUUUCAGGACGACCUCUAUCCAGAUACAGCAGGUCCAGACCCGGCGCUUGAGACCGAGGAGUGGUUUGAAGGCAAGAAUGGCGAACCGAUCCUGAUCUCGCUCAAACACGGUUAUGUUCCGGGCAAGAACCGCGACCUCAAAGUAGUCAAGAAAAAUGUGCUGGAUAACAAGGCACCCAAGAAAGUGGAGGAGCCAGCACCUCCCCAGAAACCUGCCUCUCCUCAGCUAACCAGAAAGAAUGAAGUGAAGUUAGAGGAGCUGCUGCGAGAAGUCAAGUCCCUUAGAGAUCUGGUCACGCUGCAGGACAGGAGAAUCGCCAAACUGGAAGAGCAAGUGGCUAAAGUGGCCAUCUAAGACACUGGUGGUGGUCUGAGCCAUAGCGUCAGUAUGGAGAGAGAGAGAGAGAGAGAGAGAUUCAGUUGGGCGGGGGGGUCAGUCACUGCCAAAAUUUCUCAAUUUGACUGGAUCAUUCCGCUUGGUGUUUCUCACAAGGACAACUUCACGCAACAUUCCAAGAUGGACUUUUACUUUUUGUAAAGUCUCCCCCAAGCAUUCGCAUAGCAGAAGCAAAAUUGUGGAAAUGAGUGGUCAUUGAUUUUAACUGAUGUUUUACAUUUUGUUACAAAUGUUCUUAUUUCUUCUGUUAUUGUAACAUUGUUUCCAUGAGUAUUCUGAUAUUAAGCGGUAUGUUACAGAGUGUCGUUGUAUAUACACAUCAAUAUUCCUCUUUCCUUUUUUGUUGUGCUGCCAAAUUUGAGGUGAAUCAGACACCUCUCCUUCUAUUUCUACUUUUAUAUGUUUUUCCCAGUUUUAGAUAGUGGCUUAUUGAAAAUCAAGACAUACUAUUCAAAGUGGGACAUCUGCAGGAAAGACAGAACUGUGUGGAUGGGAUUUUAAAGUGAUUGUAAAGGCAGCUAAUCAUAGAUGAUAAGGAUAUGAUUUAGUGAAAUCUAAGAAAUGCUUGUAACCAUUCAAAUUCAGCAUUUAGGAUUCAUCUGGAUUAAUUUAGAAAAUCAGUCCAAAUAAUGUCCCUUGUGAUGACCGUGAUCACUGGAGUAUUAAUCACAUAGUCAUUUCCUCCAUUGCCUGCUUUGGGAUCAUCAUAAUUGAUUAUAAAGCAUCCAACAACAGGGUUUUUCAA